CGUUAGCGGCGGAACUGUGGGGCUGGCUUACCUGGAGGCCUGGUCUGGGCCGGUAGGCGGGUGGCCAGGGUGAGCCCGGGUGCAGUCCGCGCAUCUCCGUGACUGUGCGGCCACACCUACCCCGCUCUGCGUUCUCAGCAGCCCGGCCAUGGAGCGUCAGGUCCAGCGGCUUCGUCAGGCGUUCCGGUCCGGCCGAUCGCGGCCGCUACGCUUCCGACAGCAGCAACUCGAGGCCCUGCGGAGGAUGGUGCAGGAGCGCGAGGAGGACAUCUUGGCAGCCAUCGCGGCGGACCUGAGCAAGAGCAAACUCAAUGCCUACAGCCAUGAAGUCAUUACCAUCCUGGGGGAAAUUGAUUUUAUGCUCGCAAAUCUUCCUGAAUUGGCUUCUGCUAAACCAGCUAAGAAGAAUAUGCUUACCAUAUUGGAUGAGGCCUAUGUUCAGCCAGAGCCUCUGGGAGUCGUAUUGAUUAUCGGAGCUUGGAACUACCCUUUUGUUCUUAUCAUGCAGCCUCUGGUGGGAGCCAUCGCUGCAGGAAAUGCUGCGAUUGUUAAGCCUUCAGAACUAAGUGAAAACACGGCUAAACUCUUGGCUAAACUCCUCCCUCAGUAUUUAGACCAGGACCUGUAUGCGGUUGUUAAUGGUGGUGUUGUGGAGACCACAGAGCUCCUGAGGCAGCGGUUCGAUCACAUUCUCUACACAGGCAACACCGCGGUAGGAAAGAUUGUCAUGGAAGCUGCUGCCAAGCAUCUGACCCCUGUGACCCUGGAACUCGGUGGGAAAAGCCCUUGCUACAUUGACAGAGACUGUGAUCUGGAUGUUGCUUGCAGACGCAUAACCUGGGGAAAGUACAUGAACUGUGGUCAAACCUGCAUAGCUCCAGACUAUGUCCUCUGCUAAGCCUCGCUCCAAGAUCAGAUCGUACAGAAGAUUAAGGAAACGGUGAAGGACUUUUAUGGGGAAAAUAUAAAAGAGUCUCCCGAUUAUGAAAGGAUCAUCAAUCUUCGUCACUUUAAGAGGUUACAAGGUUUGCUUGAAGGACAGAAAAUAGCUUUUGGCGGGGAGACUGAUGAGGUCACACGCUACAUAGCUCCAACCGUACUUACUGAUGUUGAUCCUAAUUCCAAGGUGAUGCAGGAAGAAAUUUUUGGACCAAUUCUCCCAAUAGUGUCUGUGAAAAAUGUAGAUGAAGCCAUUAGUUUCAUAAAUGAUCGUGAAAAGCCCCUGGCGCUCUAUGUGUUUUCUCAUAACAACAAGCUCAUCAAACGGGUGAUCGAGGAAACCUCCAGCGGUGGGGUCACAGGCAAUGAUGUCAUCAUGCACUUCACUGUCAAUUCUUUGCCCUUUGGAGGUGUGGGUGCCAGCGGAAUGGGGGCUUAUCAUGGGAAAUAUAGUUUUGACACCUUUUCUCAUCAGCGCCCCUGCUUAUUAAAAGGAUUAAAGGGAGAGAGUGCCAAUAAGCUCAGGUACCCUCCCAACAGCCAGUCCAAGCUCGGCUGGGCCAAGUUCUUGCUGCUGAAAAAGUUCAACAGAGCAGGGCUGCUGAUGCUGCUGGUCACGUGCUUGGCUGUGGUUGCAGCCGUGUUCAUCAAGGAAUAUCUGUAAUGACUUCCUCGUAACCACUGAAUCAUUCCUCUACUAAAUGCUUGACAAACCAUUACCUUUAAAAUUGUACCCAAAACCAGGAAAUUACAGAUGUACUGCAAUCAAACCUAAGCCGUUGUCACUUACUGCUAACGAAACCCACUGUUUGAGCCAACUUCCAGCAUUUGUCAGCAGUGAAGGAUCUGGGAGGACAUAGACUGUGCUGGGCGAGAACGUGCCUUGUAAAGUCCCAGCUCCGUGGGCGGUGUCGGGGAGAACGGCAGCUGUCCCGUCACUUCUUUGCUUCAGUUCAUAGCACUUCCCACUCCUGUGUCUUCUGCUCUCAGGCCUCAGCAAAGCUCUCCAGGUCACCUCGGCCCAGGCUUGCCAGCUGUCUGGAGAGGCGAUUUUAGGUCUUCCCAGCUCGUGUUAGGGGUUGAGGUCCUAAACUGGGGAAGUGGAUAUGUCCACCUCAUCCACUGUGCCGAGACUCUGACCUUCAGGAACUGGCUCUCCAUUUAAACGUCCUUUCUUGUUCUUUGCACAUCACCUAAAGUGUGUGUGUUUGUGACAGUCUGUCGUGACUGUCCACAGUGCCUUUAUGAUGAUAUCGGCUACACCGAGCCUCUUGUCAGGAAGAAGUGCUUUCUUUGUGAAUGCCAGUGAGAACAUCUUGUAGUCACAGCCGUUCCAGAGGCUAAGGUUAGAAGAUCCCUGAGCCCAGGAGUUUGGGACCAGCCUAGGCUACAUAGUGAGGACCCCCCCCACCCCAUUAUCCAUAAAGACCCUUUGAGAUCCUAAAGUUGAAUGUCACAUAGAUCUUCAAGGAUAAAUAUUUUCUUGUUUUCAUAGCACAAUGAAGGAAACUUCACUUUUUAAAUUUUAGAGGGAUCCCUUUCUGAAUAAAUUUAGCCUACAGAUCUUAAAGUGUGGUCCAGCUCCUGUCCUGAAAGGGGGAUGUUAGGAUCCGAGGCUUCGGAAGGCACGGGACAGAGACUGUGGGAGAAUGCUGUGAGCUGGUGGGACACACUGAAGGGAUGGGACGAUAAGAAGAGCUCCCGAGCACGUGGGGCAUUGUUCUCAGUCAGAUCCCUAUGUGGCCAAGCAGGGAAGUGGCAAGAGAGAUCAGUGUGGAGCUCAGCUCUCUGCUCAGGCCUGGCUGCACCCCAACCCCAAGCUGCCGGGCUCCCGCUGCCUUCCUGGGAUCUAGAUUAAGACUUGAUCCCACUCGAUGAGAAUGUAGCUUGCUUUAUUGACUGUACAGCCAUCUUUGCUGAAUAACCUGCUCCAUCACUGAAGCUGUCUGAAGGGUGCCUUCUCUACAAAAGGAUGAGACAUCAAAACAAAAACAAACCAUUGUCCUGUUUAGCAAGUAGUUGCUUACGUGGCAAUUGUCAUAAACUAAUCAGAAAAUAUUUUGCACAAGAUUCCAAUGUAGAAUUUGCUCUAUUAUGUUAAAUUAUAAAUCAUAACUUCUAGUUAGACUAGAAUACUUACAUACUAUACUAAUCUUCAAAAUAAAUGUUUUUCAUAAA